GGGGUGGGGGACGAUGCAGGCCACGGUGUUUGCUGUGGGAGAUUGAUGAUGGAUGAGCUGAGGGCCUGCCUCUCACUGGCUAAUGGGUCAUCAACAGCACACGUACAGCAUAUAAAUGUGUGUGUGUGAAUCUCAGUCACACCCGCCUGACUCUUUGCCGCUGGGAAUCCGGCCACCGUCAGCGAUCAGGAUGUGUCGAGGACUGGCAGCGCUGCCUUCCACCUGCAUCGAGAGGGCCAAGGAGAUGAGGGUGCAGCUGGGAUCUCUGCUGCACAAACCCAAAGCCAUCAGUGAACCUGAGAGUGUGGCCGUCAAACAGCAAAAACUCCCCUGGACGAGCAGGCCCAGCACAGAGGAAGCUCUAGGAGGAGGUCAGGUCUUUGACAAGCUUCUGUCCAACAAAAGUGGAGUGACCACGUUCCGUGCCUUCCUGUGCUCGGAGUUCAGUGAGGAGAACCUGGAGUUCUGGCUGGCCUGUGAGGAUUACCGCAGCACAAGGACCAGCGCGGAACUCGCCAACAAAGCCCAGAGGAUUUACCGGGAGUUCAUCACUGUCCAGGCUCCUAAAGAGGUUAACCUGGACUCGACGACCAGGGAGAAGGUUACCAGGAACCUGGAGGAGCCGAGCGCCUUCUGCUUCCAGCUGGCCCAGGAGCGGAUCCGCAGCCUGAUGGAGAACGAUUCCUUUCCCAGAUUCCUCAAGUCGGAAUUUUUCCUGGAGCUCAUCAAACACGUGUGAUGGCUUUGCCGUGGCUGCUUGCUCCGAAACGCUGCCUGUUAAUCCUGUCCUCUCUCUCGCCCUCUCUCUUGCUUGUUGUUCAGGAGGGAAAGAUAUAUUAGAGUAGUUUCUAUAUUCUGCUUGUGUUAAUGCUCCUCUUCCCAAGAUUAUUCCCAGACCAGAUUCCCGUUGUUCAGGCAAACGCAAGGACUCCCCCUGGCUUGUUGGGCAGCGUUGACACCAAAUCCUGUAAAUCAAAUAAAAGUGUGAAG